GGUUCGAUUCGGCACACUUGAAGGUUGAAGGUUCAUGUCAUAAGGACUGAUUUUGAAAUCUAAGAACUAAACGGUACAUAAAUAGUUUUGAACAAAACAUGCAAAAGCAAGCUACAACACAACACGUUCAGCUCAAUUUGGUGUGUUUCAAACUCACGGAAUUCCAAGUAAGGUUAGGGGAACUUGUUGAACUGAAACCAAAGAUAACAACACUUCAUUUCAAAAUAAGGGCCCUAUGUUAUUAUGCUCCAACUCUUUACAGGCCCAAGGAUUUUGAGUCAGCCCAAGUUUUUGAUCAAUCUAGAAACGGAGGAGAAGGAACAGUCAAUGAUGGAGUUUUCACUAGUUUUGGUAAAAUACUAGUCAAUAAUGGAGUUUGGAGUUGAAGAUAUGAAUCACAUUCAAGUCUUUCAAAAGCGACAUUAAACGAUGACGACGACUCUGUGUUUGCCUUUAACGGAUGGUCACUCCUAACUUCCCAGAGGCGUUAAUUUCAAUGGGUCGGCAACCCAGCUCAUCCAUCUCUUAAGUCUCCCUUUUCCUUCAACUGCUUGCAUUUAAAGUCAUCCACAUCUUUCACUUUCUUCAUAUUCAACAAGAAUUUGGAAGCUGGGUUUUUUGUGGGGAAGAAAAAGAAGGGAGCUUUGAUCAGAAAGGAAGAAUGGGAUCAAAUGAGAAAGAUAGUGUGAUUGGUGUGGAAGCAAAUGAGGGUGUGGAAGAGCAACAGGGUUUGGAAAGCAAUGAGAUUGAGAAGAGCAAAGUGGGUAUCAUGAGAGCCCUUGUGGAAAGAGAAGAUCCCUCCUCCAAGGAAGUGGAUGAUUUCAUGAUCCGGAGAUUUCUACGGGCUCGUGAUCAGGACAUCGAGAAGGCUUCUAACCUAUUCCUCAAGUACCUGAGUUGGAGGAAAGCAUUUAUGCCAAAUGGUUCAAUCUCAGAGUCAGAGAUUCCAAGAGAACUAGCACAUAACAAGCUGUUUAUGCAAGGUGUGGACAAGAAGGGGCGCCCCAUUGUUGUUGUCUAUGGUGGGAGGCAUAAACACACGAAGCUAGAGGAGUUUAAACGGUUUGUAGUCUACACUCUUGAAAAGAUAUGUGCCAGAAUGCCAGCAGGGCAGGAAAAGUUUUUAUCCAUUGCAGAUCUCGAAGGAUGGGGCUAUGUCAAUAGUGACGUUCGUGGAUACUUAGCUGCUCUAACGAUCUUACAGGAUUGCUAUCCGGAGAGGCUUGGCAAGUUAUUCAUCGUCCAUGCACCUUACCUAUUCAUGACUGCUUGGAAGAUGGUUUACCCGUUUAUCGAUGACAAAACCAAAAAAAGAUCAUUUUUGUCGAGAACAAAAAGCUGAACUCCACAUUACUUGGUGAUAUUGAUGAGAGCCAGCUGCCUGAUGCAUACGGCGGAAAAUUGCCAUUAGUUCCAAUCCAAGAUUGCUAACGGAAUACCUUUACAUCUCGUGCAGUGAUAUUGAUGAAAGACGAAUACAUAUAGAAGCAAACUCUCAUUAGUUCCUAUGCAGGACUUCUUCAUUCAGAAACAAAGUAGAAGUUCCAUUUUCUAGUUUAUGUUCCAUUACUAGUAUCCUCUACCUGAUAACAGAUUCCUCAUUCUUAACCCUUUGGAUAUCUGCCACGUGAAAGGGUCAUAUAUUGUAUUACCAUGAUGAUUUAUUGCUACGGAUCAAGGCUUAUGCCCUCUUGUUUUUACACAAUAUUUUCCGAUAAAACUUCUUGAAUGUC